AUUUUUCUUUCUUUAGUUGCUUUGAGUUGAAACUGACGAGAGAUGCUUCUGUUUUUACAGGCAAAUUAACCCCCCCAACCAUCAUCUUCUUCUCAUUGCUAUCAAAAUAUUCACAUCUUUCUAAUUCCUUGAGAAACAAACAAUCCCAUUCCUUAAAACUCUAUGCUGCUGUUGCUGCUGCUUGUAGACAAGACUGAUGAUGGCUUCAUUCAAACACAACCCACUUGAACUAAAAGUCACAGUUCUCAGUGUCAUGUUCAUCUUUUACCUCACGUUUUUCCCUUCCAAAUCAGUAUCAGUAACAGCAGGUAAUGAUAACAAUUUAAAGCAAGAGAAAACAGUUCUGGGUUCGAGGCCACCCAAGUGUGUGAACAAGUGUUUCAGUUGCAGACCAUGCAUGGCUACUUUAGUUGCUUCUCCUAAUCAUAGAAAUACUCGAAGCUCUUCAUAUCAAGGUGAUGAAAGCUAUUAUCUGCUUGCCUGGAAAUGCAAAUGUGGGAAUAAAUUCUUCCAACCUUGACUCCCCUCUCCCCCCCCCCCAAAAAAAAAAAAUUUAAUGUAUACAUAUAAUGCUAAACCCUAUUGUAGUUGUCAAUGAAUCUCCCAUUGUCAAA